AUGCUUCGCAUCGUAUCAAUGCCUGGUCCGUCUCCUACUAGUUGUCGGCUUGCCAGGCGGAAAAAGUGUGACAUGACCAAGCCAUGCUGCGACAGGUGUGCAAAGGAUGGUUAUGAAUGCCUAGGAUACGAAGAAGACAAACCUCGAGUUAGGCUGUGCCGCGAUUACCCUGAUGCACCGACCGUACCAUAUCAAAGGCCGGUUUAUACAAGUGUUUCAACUAACGAGUCCACAGAAGAGUUACCACACCGUCUCUCGAAUGCUCGGUCAGAAGAUUUACGAGACCUGACUGGUGCAAGUGCGGACGGCUCCAGACCUUCAACUCCUGGGAUCACAAAGCUAUAUCAAGCAAGGGAUCAAAGAUUAACCAAGGAGAAAGAUAUGGCUGUCUGUGGAGGUCUUUUGCGGGACUUUGACCGCUUAUGGCCACAGGAUCCAAGUCAACUGGUCUUAUAUUCGCGUUCACGGACACGGCAGUUCACUUUCACUAAGCGGACUUCUAGCAUGAAGCCCAGCGGAAGUGACUCAACUGGAUUUAUUGAGUCAAUUUCCCAGCCCUUGUAUCCCUCGAUAGAUGCGAUGCAAAUAGGCAGGGAAGAUCGCCUGUCACGUGUGGCUAAUGAAUACAUCUUUCAGCGCCUUGGUCUCUGGUUUGUACCCCCAGCGCCAACUGCAUGUGAUGUUUUUGCGGAAAGUCUGAGAGGGGCUACUAGAACAGUGCAGGUCCUAUAUUUUGGAGCCUGGGUUCUCCGAAAGCUUGGUCAUAAUCUCGGAAUCCGCAGCUUUGCAUCUAAAGGAUGCGUUAGCUGGAUCAACGGAUUUGAACAAAAAAUCACUGCUAGCUCGCGUAGUAAUGCACUUCCAAAUGAAAUAGGAGACUGCGUUGCAGCCCACAUUGAGUUAGUACUUCUGAAAUUUCACCUAGUAAAUAGUGCUUCAGGUUAUACUGCGCUUCGGAGCGUACUACCAAAGCUUCUGCGACUUGUGGCAACCGACCCGUGUCUAAUGAUUCAAGAGCCGGAUGGUAACCUAGUUAUCUCAUUGCCCCGUAUGCUCUACGCCCUUCGACCCGAGCUCGUACGAUUUUCCUACUAUGACACAAUCUCAUCGUUUCUACUCGGAGUACCACCUCUAGUCGAAUAUGGAUAUAAUACUGAACAUAACGCCGACCCUAAGCACGAGAACUUUGGGUAUGAGUGGGUACACGGAAUUCCUGCUGUGCUACUUCAAGUUAUUGCGCAGGUCAACUCGUGGAGAGCUGGCUCUCGAGUUCCUCUGGAUCACUGGCAAGCUCUCGAGCAGCGCGUCCUGUCCUGGACAUCACGAUACGCUAUGCUAAACGACAGCGCCAUCGCCGAGAGUGCUACUUGUCUUAGGGCUGCUGUACAGGAAGGCUGGAAACAUGUGGUGCUGAUAUAUAUCUACAUGGGUAUAUGCGGGGUUUCAUCACACGACUCGCGGGUGCAAGCGUCGGUAGAUCGAAUAUUCGAACUUGGAGAAGCAGUUGGCAGCUCGCAGCUCGGCGUACACAUGUUCUCUCACUACGUUGUGGCUGGUCUGGCGGCCAGGUCGGAAAGGCAGAGGGUUGCUGUGUACAAGCAAUUACUUUCUUUCACGGACGGGCGUGUUUGGCUCUUUUCUGGGCCAGAGUUUGGCUCCUUGCUUCGGUGCUUGUGGCAUGGGGCGGGAGCGGGAGGGGCAGCUGUAACAUGGGAUGACUUUGCUGGAGUAACACGCGCGCGCGUUUUACUCUAA